UGCACAAAAAUUGACUGAAAGGAUCAAAAAUAAAAGAAAACUAGAGGCUGAGAUCCAACAAGAUAUAAAAUACAAUCAAACACCAAACCAAAAUCAAGCGAACACAUAUACAUACAUAUGAGCAACAAUGUGUGUUUCGCUGUUGACAAUAUUCAAGGCAAAAGGUCUCACACACAACAAAUCAUCACAGUUGCUAGCAUUUUUGGCAUUACUCCUGGUCGUGCUGCCGCCGCCACCAGCUGCCAAAGCCACAAGCGGCUUACGCGUGCCCACUUUCAUGCAGGAGCCACCACCGCGUCUACUCUUCAGCAAUGACACCGGUACACAGAUCAGCUGCAUGGCCCACGGUAAUCCGCCGCCGGUGGUAUCGUGGGUGCUCAAGGACGGCACUAUGGCGACACAGGUGCCGGGAUUGAGGAAAAUUACUAGCAAUGGCACAUUGCAUUUCCCACCAUUUUUGGCGCAAUAUUAUCGCACAGAUGUGCACGAGGCGACAUAUCGCUGCCGGGCAGCCAACGAAGCUGGCACUGUGCUAAGCCGGAAUGUACAGGUGCAAGCAGUUGUUCGCCGACAAUUUCACGUGCACGUGGAAAAUACCGAAGUCUAUUUGGGAAAUUCAGCGUUGAUUAAGUGCGCCAUACCGGACUAUGUGCGACCAUAUGUCAAGGUGUCCAGUUGGCAUCGCGGCGAGGAAAUACUACUGCCCGAUUUAUCAGAUGUUGCCGGUCGGUAUGUAGUACUCUCCUCUCACGGUGAUCUCUACAUACGCUCUGUGCGCACCGAGGAUAGCUUGGUCAAAUUCUCUUGUCUGGUCACGAAUACACUCAACGGUGAAAAGCAGCGAAGCGAUGCCAUAAUGCUACAGGUGAAAGAGUUGAGCAAAAAUCUGGCACCUCGUACCACCCAGAAACCGGUAAUGGAAAUUCAUGUGGAACGUGGCAAUGAUGUUCAUUUGCCUUGUAACAUCCAGGGAAACCCUUUUCCCAUAUUCACGUGGUAUCGCGUUUCAGACUCAUCGGCCUUGUAUCCAAUUCCAUCUUCGCAACGUGUGAUAUUGUCACGCACGCUGUUGCUCAUCAAAAAUGCUGACGAACGUGAUGCUGGCAAAUGGGUCUGCCAGGCGGCAAAUCAAUUCGGCGAACAACGCAUCGAAAUUCGUUUGUUAGUGAAUUCGUAUGUUUCAGUGCAUAUUUUGCCACAAGUGCAAAUUGUCAAUUCGGGUGGAAUGGCAAUUUUCAACUGUUCGACGACCGGUUCAGCGAUAGAUGGCAUCGAGUGGCUGCAUAAUGGUAUGCCACUACAGGGCAAUAAUGCGCUUAGCAACGGCAGGGAGAACAUACGUUUCCUAACGAAGACGUCGCUUAUGGUGCAUAAUGUGGGCCGCCGAGAUCGUGGUGUCUAUCAAUGUUUAGUGGAGAACAGUAGAGCCAGUGCACAAGCCAUGGCCGAAUUAAAGUUGGGUGAUACUGUGCCCGAACUGAUUUACACCUUUAUCGAGCAAAAUGUGCGGCCAGGACCAUUAAUAUCGCUUAAGUGCUCAGCUAGCGGCUCACCGCCACCGCAAUUCGCCUGGUUAUUGGACUCCCAACCGAUAAUGGAUGUUUCGUUGCAUCAUCGUUUUGCUAUCGGUCAGUUUGUUGAUAUGUCAGGCGAUGUGAUCAGUCACUUGAAUAUAUCGCAUGUGCGUCCAGACGAUGGCGGCCUAUACAAGUGCAUUGCCACCAAUUCGAUGGGCAGUGUGGAGCACUCGGCGAGAUUGAAUGUUUAUGGUCCGCCAUACGUACGUGCCAUUGGUCCCAUAAAAGCUGUCGCUGGCGAAGAUAUAAUUGUUCACUGUCCAUUUUCCGGUUAUCCAAUCGAACAAAUUCGCUGGGAGAAAGGACGUCAAGAGUUGACAUCAAAUUCCCAUUAUUCGCUGUCACCGGUGCAGCAGGGUGGCUAUCUUGUCAUCAAGAAUGUCGAACCGACCCGUGAUCAGGGCAUGUACACUUGCAUUGUCCGCAGUCGGGCGGGUGAGGAAGCACGCCGCGAUAUGCAGUUGAAUGUGAAUAGUCCACCAGUAAUUGAACCUUUCAAGUUUCCAAAGAAUCUCCAGGAGGGUGGACGCGCACAAAUAACUUGCGCCGUCUCGUCUGGUGAUAUGCCAAUCUAUUUCAGUUGGAAGAAGGAUGACAUGUCCAUACCGACAAGCUUACAGAUUACCGAGAAAAAGGAGGAAUUCUACUCGCUAUUGGUCUUCAAGGAUAUCAGCGCAAAGCACAGCGGUAAAUAUACCUGUUAUGCGAGUAAUGCGGCAGCCAAGGUGAAUUACACAGCCGAAUUGCAAGUGAGAGUUGCGCCACGCUGGGCGUUAGAGCCAAUGGACACGGCCAUCAUGCUUGGCAAUACAAUAUCGAUAAAUUGCGAGGCGGAAGGAUAUCCGAUUCCAACUAUUACCUGGUUCAAAGGACAGGGCAAAAUGUCGCAGGACUUUAAGCCGCUCAGCAUGCGCAAUAAUUCGUUGGUUUUAAAUCUGGCUACCGACAUUGAUGAGGGCUACUACAUGUGUCAGGCCGCAAAUGAAAUAGGUGCAGGGCUGAAAAAAGUCAUACGCAUUAAUGUGAAUGAACCCGCCCGUUUCGAGCAAGCAGCACGCAAUGUUUCCUCACGUCGCAACGAUCCCGUCAGCCUCGAGUGUCAAGCGAAGGGCGACGAUCCCAUCGCCAUCUCAUGGACACACAACAAUGGCCGCAUCGACUUGAAUAAUUUCCGCUUCAGCAUAGCGGAAAUGAAAACGGACAAAGGUGUUGACUCGCAACUCACAAUUGCUCGUUCGGAUCGUCACGAUUCGGGUAUUUAUCGUUGUGUAGCCGAGAAUCCAUAUGGACGCGCGGAACUCGUCAUAUUUCUCGCGGUGCAGGAACGUCCCGACACACCCUCUGUGCUGGAGGUAUUCGAGGUGGGCUCACGCACAGUUAAGCUUUCAUGGCGUCGUCCAUUCGAUGGCAAUUCGCCUGUGCUCAGCUAUUUAGUGCAAUAUCAGCCGUUGAAGUAUCUGCAAUCACAUGCAGCACUCGGCUUGUCGGGUGGCGAUUGGAGCGGUCCGAACAUUAUCAACGUUACGCUGCCGUCAACAAGUAUUAGUCGCAGCUAUGACAGCGAUUUGCGUGAGAGUGCCAUUGUUGCUGGCCUGACGCCGGCAACCACUUUUCUCAUUCGCAUGCAGGCAAUCAACGAAAUCGAGCGCAGCCCAUUCACCGAUCCGAUUGUAUUGAAAACGCAGGAAGAGGCACCAACCGAAGCGCCCUCGAAUGUCCAGGUGCAGACUGGUGGCGAAAGCGAAUUGAUUGUGACAUGGCAGAUACCAUCACGCGAAUCCUGGAAUGGUGAACUCAUCGGUUAUACCGUUAACUGUAGCGAGGAGAAACAGAACAUCAACUACAUUAGCGUUGUCAAUAAUUCACUCAAGUCGGUGAUUGUAAGUGGUUGGGCGACCACAAAGGCAACCAUUCGCGGCUUACGCAAAUACACUAGGUACGCGGUCACAGUGCGCGCGUUGAACAGCUUCGGUUCGGGACCGUGGAGUGCGGCUAUUUUCGGCACAACUGCUGAGGGCGUGCCCGAAGCACCACCGCAACAUGUCAACUGUACCGCGUUGUCGUCGCAAAGUCUGAAGAUAUCGUGGCUCGAGCCGCCACUGCAAUUUCAUGGUGGCAUAAUUCAGGGCUAUAAAAUUUUAUAUCGCCCAAUUGUGAAUCAAAUUGACUUCCUCGCCAAAUUAGAGGUGAAACGGACAUCGAAUCUGGAGACCUAUUUGCACACACUACACAAGGCGACUAAUUACUCGCUGCGUGUUUUGGCCUAUACAGCGACCGGUGAUGGUGUGGCCAGUCAACCGUUAUAUUGUCAAACAGAGGAUGAUGUACCGGAUGCGCCAGCAGCUAUUAAAGCAGCAGCUUUAACGGCUGAUUCGAUAUUGAUUUCCUGGUUGCCGCCAAAAAAUCGCAAUGGCAUAAUUUCACAUUACACGGUAUAUUCACGUGAGGCCGGACGCAAGGGACAAGCGAAAUCUCAUAUGGUGCGAGUCGAUGAGAAUGGUUAUCCGGUGACGUAUGAAGCGCGCGGCCUUGCUGAAAAUCAAAUGUACGAAUUCUGGGUAUCCGCUUCGACUUCGGUUGGUGAGGGAGAACCAACAUCUGUGGUUGCGCAGGCCACAAAUACGCGCGCUCCCGCUCGCAUCGCUUCUUUUGGUCAAUUGGUCCGCAAAGCUGUUGGUACUUCGUUAAUUUUGGAAUGUCUAGCAGUGGGAAAUCCAACGCCACGUGCUAGAUGGUUAACUAGAGAUCGUCCGGUCACAUUCAGCCCUUUCUACGAGGUGACCAAUGAGGGCAAUUUGAAAAUACACCGCGUAGAAGGCAGUCUGUCCGGAAAUUACACUUGCACGGCGAAUAAUCUAUUCGGAAGCGAUGAGAUUCAAUAUCAAGUGAUUGCCAUGAAGCCACCCGCUGCGCCACAAAUCAUUGUACAAUAUGCAUCAGCCGAUAGUAUACGUGUCAGCUGGGAUCCACCGGACGAUGGUGGUGCCCCCUUGCAGGGUUAUAGCAUUUCGUAUCGCAUCACAGGCGAAACGUGGGCACAAACCGAGCUGAUGCCGGAGAAUAAUGCUUAUACGAUAACGGGUUUGAAGUGCGGCAAUCAGUAUAUCAUCAAGAUGUCGGCGCAUAAUAUUGUUGGCGAUGGUGUUUCGAGUGAGGAAAUUAACGUCUGGACCAAGGGCAAAGCCUCUCAGGCGCCUAACGGUAAUGAGCUGAUCGCUACAAAUGCGUCUUGCGUGAAUUUAAAGCUAUCAACAUGGAAUAAUGGUGGCUGCCCCAUUCAUCAUUUCUCCAUUGAACAUCGACCGUUGGGGGACAUCCGUUGGACGGUCGUCACAUCCGACAUCUCGAAUGCCGAGGAGAAUCGUGAAAAUUUAAUAUUUUGCGAUUUCCUGCCAGCCAAGUGGUAUCAACUACGCGUUUCGGCCACAAACGAUGCUGGCAAAACCACCGAACACUAUCAUUUCGCCACCACAAAUCUGGAUGGAGUGACUAUACCACCGCCACAGGUUUUCCCAUCGGAAAAUGAUUUGAUGAACAAUCUGAUAAAUGCAACGAAUCCCACCAACGGUGAUUGGUUUUCAACAUUAAUCGUCAUCGUCAUCAUCACAGUUGCCAUCAUUACCAUCGCCUUAACAAUUAAGCAUCGUCGUACGCUGUGCGGUCCCAUGGCCGAGGGCUAUGAGUCGCGUACACUGCCCGGUGAUUACAAAGAAGACCAUGACAAUCGACGCAAUCAGCAGGUGUACAGCGCAUCGCCAGUGAAAACGGUGGAUAAAGGAAACGAAUCAGAAAUGUACGAGAUCUCACCGUACGCUACGUUCAGUGUGAAUGGUGGACGGACGGGCGCUGGGGCGGGGCCCUCCACAAAGACGCCUUCACGCGGUGGCGUUUCCGCCUCACCAAUGGACUAUACCAUGCAGUUUAAGACAUUUGGGCAUCCGGAAGGUGACAAUCUUAAUGCCACAGCUUAUCCGCUUUUACCGGCAAGCUCCGGAUUCGGACAUGUCAAGUCGAAGUCGAGUUGGCACAAGCAAAGAUACUACAAUACGGACGAUGAAUCAACGCUUAGCAAAUCGAUGACUAUGGUGGCGGGCUCCCAAUCGGGUCAUUCCAAGAAGAGCACACGCAAUGAUGGCAGUCGUGGCAGUAAGAGUACGAGUAGCAGCAGUGGCGGUGGUGGUGGUGGCAGUGGCAGUGGUGUCGUCGGUGGAGCUGGCGGUGGUGUAGUUGUGGCUGGUGCGCACUGUGAAUCCGAGUCCGAUACGAGCAUAAGUCCCAGUACAGAGUUCUCGAAUAUGCCAACCUAUAGAGUUCCUUGUAAGUCGACGCGCAGCAGCGAUGGGCGCGCAGCUGCAGAUAUGUUUCGACCCGACUCGAGCACAGAGUCCAACAAUGAGCAGGGCUCACCGGUGGAGAGACGCAUAAGCGGGCCGAGGCAAUUGGUCGGCGUUGUGCCUGGUGGUGGCGGCGUGAGUGGCGUAGGAGGCGGUUCGGGUGGCAGUGGUGACAAGCGAGCACAUCGUAGCAGAAAGCAGCAACAACAAUUGCAAUUACAGCAACAAGAGGGGAAAGCCCACCAAACGCUGGAGCGGCGAAUAUGCCCUGGAAGUAACAACAGGUAGUUCAGUUUAGACAGUGAGGUUAACUCGGAUACGGGCACCUCUUUGUCGGCCACCAUAGCCGCUGUGGCUGCGGGCGAUC